UCAGAUCUUCAAGCAAGCCCCAGACCCUCGACAGUCGACACUUCACUUCUUCUUCUUCUUCUUCUUCUUCUUCAGCUAUAUAUACAAUUUGAAUAUAUUUAUAUAUAUUGUAUCCAUAGUUCUGUACGGAUGUGCAUGCGAUGAACUGAUGAUUAAUCUGUAUUGAUCUCGAGUUUUCUGGAACAUAGAGAGUGGAUAUGGGGCACCUGAAUCUCCAAUCCUCGAAGCGCAACGGGCGUCAGUGGCGCCUACUGGAUCUGGUCUCCGCCGUCUUCUUCGCCGCCGUGUUCAUCUUCCUCGUGAUGGUGUUCACGCCACUCGGCGACUCCCUCGCCGCCUCGGGGAGGCAGGCGAUGCUCCGGUCCGCGGCCGAUCCGAGGCAGCGCAGCCGAGUGGUGGCGCUGGUGGAGGCCGGCCACCAGAGGACCAUCGAUUCGUGCCCCGCCGACGCUGUCGACCACAUGCCCUGCGAGGAUCCGAGGCGCAACAGUCAGCUCAGCAGAGAGAUGAACUUUUACAGGGAGAGGCACUGCCCACCGCCGGAGGAGACGCCUCUGUGCUUGAUCUCCCCGCCCCAGGGGUACCGCGUUCCGGUCCAGUGGCCUGAAAGCUUGCACAAGAUAUGGCAUAGCAACAUGCCAUACAAUAAAAUAGCAGAUAGGAAAGGUCACCAAGGAUGGAUGAAAGAGGAAGGUCCAUAUUUCAUUUUUCCUGGUGGUGGAACAAUGUUCCCAGAUGGAGCUGUGCAAUAUAUUGAGAAGCUUAAGCAGUAUAUUCCCAUAGCAGGUGGAGUUCUAAGGACAGCUCUUGAUAUGGGAUGUGGGGUUGCAAGUUUUGGUGGGUAUCUCUUAUCUGAAGAUGUUUUAACUCUCUCCUUUGCUCCAAGAGAUUCACACAAAGCACAAAUACAGUUUGCUCUGGAAAGAGGAAUACCAGCAUUUGUCGCGAUGCUUGGAACUCGAAGACUUCCAUUUCCUGCCUUCUCAUUUGACUUGGUUCACUGCUCUCGAUGUUUGAUCCCUUUUACAGCAUAUAAUGCAUCAUAUUUUAUUGAAGUGGACCGGUUGCUUCGCCCUGGGGCAUAUUUAGUUAUCUCAGGUCCCCCUGUCCAGUGGCCUAAACAAGACAAGGAAUGGGCAGAUCUUCAGUCAGUGGCUCGGGCAUUGUGUUAUGAGUUGAUUGCAGUAGACGGGAACACUGUCAUUUGGAGGAAACCUAAUGGGGAUUCAUGUCUACCAAAUCAAAAUGAAUUUGGGCUAAAACAUUGCGAUGAGUCUGAUGACCCAAGUCGGGCGUGGUAUUUCAAGUUAAAGAAAUGUGUCACCAGGAUAUCGUCUGUGAAAGGAGAAUAUGCUGUUGGGGUGAUUCCAAAGUGGCCAGAUAGGCUAACAAAGGCUCCCUCAAGGGUUAAGAUUAUGAAAAAUGGAAUUAAUAUGUUUGAUGCUGAUAGCCGGCGGUGGGCAAGGAGAGUUGCUUACUAUAAAACUUCUUUGAACUUGAAGCUUGGCACUUCAGCUGUACGAAAUGUUAUGGACAUGAAUGCAUUUUUUGGAGGCUUAGCUGCUGCAUUAUCAUCUGAUCCUGUGUGGGUGAUGAAUGUUGUUCCUUCUCGCAAGCCUUUGACUCUUGACAUCAUUUAUGACAGAGGCCUAAUUGGAGUUUACCAUGACUGGUGUGAGCCUUUCUCUACUUAUCCUCGGAGUUAUGAUUUCAUCCAUGUAGCUGCCAUUGAGUCGCUUGUAAAAGAACCAGGCUCUGGGAAGAGCAGAUGUAACCUUGUGGAUUUGAUGGUGGAGAUUGAUCGAAUGCUACGGCCAGAAGGAACGGUUGUGAUUCGAGAUUCCCCCGAAGUGAUUGAUAAAGUAGAGCGGAUUGCUCGAGCUGUUAGAUGGACAGCCACCAUACACGAGAAGGAGCCUGAAUCGUAUGGCAGGGAGAAAAUACUCGUGGCAACAAAAAGUUUUUGGAAGUUGCCUUGAGCAUCCAAUUGCCGCUUCUAUUUUCAUCUUCAUAAUGUGCAACUGUUAGAUAAUCUUAGCCCUUUCAAUCAAGGGCUCCAUUUCCCUUGUCCACAAGCCUCAUCCUGUACAAGACUUUGUGAGUGCUUUUAGGAAAGUUACAGACACAAUCUGAAAAGUUGGAAUGGUUUUGUCUUUUACAAGCAUGAGAUACUGUGCUCAGACAGUAUCUUCAUUUCAUUGCCUACUAUGAACACACACAAUAGAUCACGCACACCAACUGUAUUUGAUUCUUAGAAGGAUCGAGUGUAUUUCAGCUUUUUGGGUUGAGAUGCUUCUUUUGUGAACCCUUCAUUCACAUAGUGAAAAUUUUGACCCUUUUUUGGCCA